AUGGAAGAAAAAACGCGUCCACAUUCGAUGAAAACAAAUGCUUUUGUAGCAAUUGUAUUAGCCACUGGUGCUAUUACAACAUGUAUGAUUUCAUUUCCAAUUAUCUUCACCUAUAUUCAAUCAUUGGAAAGUCAUGUACAAACAGAAUUAGAACUAUGCAAGGUGAAUCAAUUAUUAACUUUUUAUCAAAUUCUUACCUAA